AUGUCGUUGCCCCCUGAGCUGAUCCGCGUCAAGCGAAAGGCCACAGAGAUCGAGCCUGUCUCAUAUCUCCGAGUCCAGGAGCACAAGCGGCAUGUCACCGACGCCUUUGUCUAUCAGCGCCAGAAACAGGAAGCCACAUUCGCCGACAUUCCGACUCCCAUACAACGGAGACCCAUCAUCCAUACCUCCGAGUCCAAGCGUGAUGACAGCACAUUCCAGAGCACAAAGGACAACAAAAACAGCCAUGUUGGCCAGCGCGGAAACAGCCAAGAACCACCCGUGGCCCCAACCUCCUCAGCCGAAAGUCCCGUCGGGGCAUCCGCAGAUGAGCCGCGACGCUUUCACAUGUCCAGAGCCGAGAUCAUGUUGGCCGCCUCCAACUACCCAGCGCAUCGCAGCCUCCGUGGCAUCUCAAAGAAACGUUCAGCCCCUGCCUUGUUUGUCGAGCGCAAACACAAGAGGAUCCCAUCCACCAAGUUCCAGAGCAUUGCCCAUGGACUUGGCGCGCAUACUCCCGAACAAGAGCCCCAUGCUCCUCCGUUGCCGGUGCCGGCCGAGCAGUCUGAGGAGAUGGAGGUCGACACGGUUGGACCCAAGCAGCACAAGAAGCCUGGACUGGUUCGACAAACCCAGAAGCAGGACACUUCAAAGAAGGAGCUGCCCAGUAGCAUGACGAACAGAUGGAACGUGAACCUGGAUCAGCUGACCGCCGAUAUGAACGCCUUCGCCAUGGAGCAGAUAGGCCUUAAUCUUCAACGCCAGGAAGAAGAGGAGAGGAAGCGGAAGGAGAGAGCUGCAGCACCCCGCACACACUUGGCCGCUGUGCCAUCCUCGCCCUCUCGAUUCAAGCCAAAGGCCCCGCCUCAAAGAUAUGCUGAGCGCCAUCCUAAAGAGACAAGGGCCGUAUCCGUCAAAGACAUGUUGGAGCCCGACGCCGGCGCUAGCGACACGGACGAUGAGGGCUAUGUCAUUGAAACAUAUGUUCGUGUUCCUGCGAGCACCAUGAACACAAAAAGUGUCAAACCGGCAGAUGUGGGUGUGUUGGUUUUCGACGAAGAGCCGGACAUGGAGUACUUCUACGGAGUGAACGACGACAGUGACGAUGACUUUGCGGAAGAUGAAGAUGACGAAAAUGCUGAGAAUUACUACGCCGCCGACUACCCAGAUGACGAAGUGGCAUCUGAUGACGAGUUUGGACAUAACGCAUAUGCCUACAGGAAUGGGAAUGCUUCAGACAUGGAGGAAUAUGAUGUGAAUGACUACCAGGACGACAACCCAGAUGAUGGCUCGAACACCAAGGACGGCUUCAAGUCAAUCGUCGGUCGGGACGGUCAAAUGAGGAAACAUCUUUGA